AUGGCUCAGUAUCAGGGACGCGAUUAUGCCCGCGCCGCUCCACCCAACAUCGGCCCGGCCUCCAGCGCUCAGCGAGAUGCCGCAUACAGCAACAUCUUUGGCGGCGCACCCCCUCCAGGCCGCAGUCAGACGAUGACAGGCCUGCCUCCACCUAUACCGGGCGACCGUGCCAACACCAUGUCCGCCGCCACCACCCAGUACAUGCAGCGAGCCCCUCCUGUCCGUCCUGGUGUCCAGCAGCCAAACGGCUAUCCACGACCACCAGGCUCCUCAGAUGGCCCCAACGGCCUCCCACCCCCACAGCCGCAGUAUCCGAAUGGGGGCCCAUCGCCUCAGCGACGACCGCCGCCUCAGAAUCUGCCGCAGCCUAUCCGACCAGACCGAGUUCCAUAUGGCCAGCCACAGCGGCUUGAUGCGCGAGGGGCUCCUCCGCCGGGCCAGUACCAGCGCUCGUUCACCCAGCGUCCGUACGGUCCACCAGGUCCUGCGUUGAACAACGAUUCUUUCCGCACGCAAUCGCUCGCGACCACCACCCGACCGAUGUAUCAGCCUCCCAGCGGCGGCAACUAUGCUAUCAAUCCCGCACACGCCUUUCGACAACAACCUCACAUGAAUCAGCACCUUGCACGAACCACCCCACAUGGAAGAGUUGUGCCUGAUAGGCCGCAGGACGAGCGGACAAUGUCCAUAUCGUCGUAUACAAGAGACACGGACUACUCGCAGACUGCUAGCGGUAGGGUCAUUCCAAAUCGCAGAAGGGAGUCUGGUGAGACAAACGCGAGUGAGCAAACAUUGACAAAUGGCUAUCAUCCGGAGAGGACGCCCAAUGGCCAUGUCAACGGGCGACAUCCCAGUGCAGGGAGUCAUGGGUCGAGAUCUAUGUCGAUGGCAUCUACUGUCGUAUCACCCUCGGACAACCACUCGCCCAGGCCUUCCGUUGGUAACGCCCAACGUUCGGACAGCCAGCUCACACGUACUGGCACGAUGGUGGCACAGAAACGACCCUCGCUUGUUUAUGGCGCGCUGCUCUCGAAUGUAGCAUCUGCAUUCCGAGAUCGGGUCCCGCUACAAGAGAAGGAGAAAGAUGGAUUGGUGUACAAGAAUGCGUUCAGCGGAUACGAGGCGGUUGAGCUCAUUGCCUACAUCAUCAGAACUUCGGACCGUAACUUGGCUCUGCUGUUGGGCCGAUCGCUGGAUGCGCAAAAGUUCUUCCACGAAGUUGCCUACGCUCAUCGUCUGAGAGACUCGCCGAAUGAGGUAUAUCAAUUCAAGGAAACGAUCAACGAGGAGCCUCCCGAAGUCAAUGGCGUCUUUACGCUUUUGACCGAAUGCUAUUCCCCAACAUGCAAUCGAGAUAAUCUUUGUUACUCCAUUGCAUGCCCUCGGCGCUUGGAGCAGCAGCAGCGCCUGAACAUGAAGGUCACGCCUGGCCUCAAGCGGGAGACGUCUCGCGCCAGCUUGCACGAUGAAGUCGACAACGAACAGAAGCUGUGGAUCAACACCGUCUCAAAGGAGAUUUCGGACAGCGUCAGCGAUAAAGAGAAGAAGCGACAGGAAGUCAUUUCUGAGAUCAUGUACACCGAGCGCGACUUUGUCAAGGACCUCGAGUAUCUGCGAGACUUCUGGAUCAAGCCACUGAGAAUGCCCGACAUCUCACCAAUCCCCGAACAUCGACGCGAAAAGUUCAUCCGGACGGUCUUCUCGAACUGUCAGGAGGUGCACAGCGUUAACGCACGGAUGGCGAAUGCUCUGACACGACGUCAGCAGCAAAACCCAGUCGUCCGCAACGUCGGCGAUAUCUUCCUCGAAUACGUCCCGCAGUUCCACCCAUUUAUCAGAUACGGUGCGAAUCAGCUGUUUGGUAAAUUCGAGUUUGAGAAGGAGAAGGGGUCAAACCCAGCCUUUGCGAAGUUCACCGAGGACACGGAGCGUCUGAAAGAGUCUCGAAAGUUGGAGCUGAACGGUUAUCUCACGAAGCCCACCACUCGUUUGGCAAGGUAUCCAUUGUUACUAGAGAAUGUCUUGAAGUUCACCGAGGAGAACAACCCGGAUAUGAAGGACAUUCCCAAGGCCGUGGAACAGAUUCGCCAAUUCUUAGGCAAGGUCAAUGAGGAGUCUGGAAAGUCCGAAAACCACUUCAACUUGAUGAAUCUGAACUCGCAGCUCAAAUGGGGCACUAUCCCUCACAUGGAUCUCAAGCUCACGGAAGAGUCGCGACAGCUCAUCUUCAAGAGCAAUCUCAAGAAGCAGUUGACGUCUGAGCAGGCUGACGUGACAGCCUACUUGUUCGAUCAUGCCGUCCUCAUAGUCCGCGUGAAGACGGUCAACAAGAGGGAGGAAGUGCGAGUGUACCGCAAGCCCAUUCCUUUGGAGCUUUUGCAAAUCAAAGAAAUGGAUCACGUCCUACCAAGAAUGGGCAUCUCAAAGCGACCAUCAUCCAGCAUGAUCCCUGGUGUGGGCAGAGUAGCAGCUAGACCAGCCCCCAACGAGCAAGGCUAUCCGAUCACCUUCAAAGGACUCGGUAAAGGGGGCUACGAGCUCACAUUGUACUGCACGUCUCAAGUACAACGAGAAAAGUGGAUGGAGCACAUCAUGACCCAGAAGGAGAAGCUCUCCGAACGACACAAGAUCUUCACCAUGUCGAAGCUCAACGAGGGCUAUUUCAACUCGACCGUCAGAGUGAACUGCUGCCGACCUAUUGAUGGCGGGAGGAAGUUGGUCAUUGGCACAGACUUUGGUGUGUACGUCUGCGAGCGCAAACCGAAGGACGCUUCUCAAAAGCCGAAGCGAGUUCUGGAUACGAAGCUUGUGACGCAACUGGAAGUCCUCGAGCAGCACCAGAUCUUGAUUGUGCUCGCCGACAAAGUUGUGUACAGCUUUCCGCUCGAAGCACUCGAAGACGAAAGCCCAGGUGCGCCAUCGAAGCGAGGAAGAAAGAUUUGCCACGCCAGCUAUAUCAGCGCGGGCAUGUGCAAUGGACAGACCUUGGUGUGCUGUGUCAAGUCAUCGUCAUUAUCUUCAACGGUCAAGGUCUUUGAGCCUAUGGAUUCGAUGACCAAGGGGAAGAAGAAGUCCGGACUGGCAAAGAUGCUGGCAAGUGGCCAAGAAGUCCUGAAGCCAUACAAGGAGUUCUACAUCCCUAUGGAAAGCAACAGCAUCCAUUUCCUAAGAUCCAAGCUCUGUGUCGGCGGUGCCAAGGGUUUCGAGAUUGUCUCGCUCGAGACCCUCGAGACGCAAUCGCUGCUCGACCAAGCCGACACCUCGCUCGACUUUGUUGCACGAAAGGAGAAUGUCAAGCCAAUCUACAUCGAACGCAAUACCUCAGAGUUCCUGCUCUGCUACAACGACUUCUCCUUUUACGUCAACAAGAACGGCUGGAGAGCGAGGGGCGACUGGAAGAUCUUGUGGGAAGGUUCACCCCAAGCGUUUGCAACAUGGGGAGAGAAGUACAUUCUUGCAUUCGAGCCGGAGUUUAUCGAAAUCCGGCAGAGUGACACGGGUGGUCUUGUGUGCAUACAGACGCACAAGAACAUUCGAUUCUUGCACCAGAGCACGAGAGAGAUCCUGUUUGCUUACGAAGAUGAAGUCGGCGACGACGUUAUCGCCUCAAUGGACUUUUGGGGCAGGCCCCAAUCUCCUCAGACUCAAGCAAAAUGA